AUGUCCCCCACAUUGGCACACUCGGACAUCCAUUCCUUGAAGAGGAACCAGGCGCUGGAAAUUCUUGCCCAGAUUGCACGCGUUGAGAAGAAGACCUUCCCAACCAAUGAGGCUUUCAGCUUUGCCGAGGAAUUGUGGAGAAAGAAGCCCAACACGCGAGUUCUAUACACGACUCCUGCCACAACUGGAAGGCCAGUGGCCCCGUCGGAAGUUGUCGCCUACGCCGUAUAUGUACGCCAAAAGGGCGUCGCUCUCCUGCACAAGGUCUGUGUAGUUGAGGCCUAUCGCCGCCAGGGCGUCGGACAGCUCCUCAUGUCCUAUAUUCAGGAGCGCCUGCGAAACGAGGGCUGCCAAUACAUUCAGCUCUGGGUGGACCAGGCCAGGGUACCCGCUCGAGCACUGUAUUGUCGGUGUGGAUACAAGGAGAAAGAAGUGAUCCCUGACUACUAUGCCCCUGGACGGACUGGGAUCAGAAUGGUUCUGGAUUUAGAACGUGACGGGUGA